AUGUGGAAGAUAGCUCUUUUAGUUUGGGGAGUAGGAUUAGCCCUUGCUGUACAGGUAGACUUUCGUCCUUACGACCAUUCUGCCGAGCUUCUUUUCAAUGGAUCCGACUUCAACCAUGAUCACAUCUUUUCCCGCGAGGAGCUAGAACAGGAAUUCCAAAAGUAUGACGCAAACGGGGAUGGUCGUGUUUCUCGCCAUGAGUAUACAACGUACGUAACAACUACAACCCCCGAACUCCACGACUUUGCACAUGCGCUCUACGAUGAUUAUGAUGUUUCCGGUGACCACCAUCUUGAUCAUCACGAUUAUGAUAUGUAUUAUGCCAAACUAGAUGCUGACAGUGAUGGACAAGUUACACGUCCAGAAUUUGUGGAUUACUGGGUUAAGCUGUUCAUAGCGACGGAACACCUUCACGGCCACGGACAUAGUGGACAUGGCAAAUAAGUACAUUGUCGAGAUUAGAGAUAUAAAUAUACACAUGUGUGUAUGAAUACUUCA